AUGCCCCCCUCUAUCCCCCUUUCCCCGUCCCCUGCAGGCCAGCACGCUAGUGGUGGCGGAGCACACAGGGAGGGGCGCGGGGGUCUCCGCCGCGGCCCUGAAGCCGCCCACGCUCUCCCCACCCGCUGUGCCUCCCCUUACCUACUCCCCUUCCCCCCUCUCUUCCCCAUACAGGCCGGCACGCUGGUGGUGGCGGAGCACACGGGGAGGGGCGCGGGGGGCUCCGCCGCGGCCCUGAAGCCGCCCACGCUCUCCGCGGUGGCGGCUGCGCGGAAACUGGGCGGACCCGUGGCUGUGCUGGUGGCGGGGAGUGGCGAGGCAGUUGCUGACGUGGCAGCUGCUGUGGCAAAGAUCGAAGGGGUGGAUGAGGUGAUUACAACAGAGAGUCCCGCCCUGGACCACGCCCUGCCCGAGCCCCUGGCGGCGCUACUGACAAACCUCGCCGCCCAGCGGUCGUUCUCGCACGUCCUUGCCGCCUCGUCCACCUUCUCCCGUAACGUGCUGCCACGUGUCGCCGCGCUAUUGGACGCUGCGAUGGUGUCUGACGUGGUUGAAAUCGUGGAUGAGACGACCUUUGUGCGUCCAAUCUAUGCAGGGAACGCUCUAGCCACUGUGCGCUGCUCCACCCCCUCCCCCGCCGUCCCAACGCUCCUCACAGUCCGCGCCACCUCCUUCCCUGCCUCCUCCUCCGCCUCCUCCUCUGAAUCCUCCACUGCUCCCAAGACCACGCCUUUCGACUUCCAAGUCCGCGCCACCUCCUUCCCUGCCUCCUCCUCCUCAGCCGCCUCUGCUCCCAAGACCACGCCGUUUGACUUCCAAGACACAGUUCGUUGCCUCAUCCCCUCUGCCUCCAUCCCAAUGCCCAUCCCCUCUCUGUCCCGGCUCCCCACCACCUCCUUCCCUGCCUCCGCCUCCCUCUCCUCUUUCUUCCCCUCCCUUUCUUCCCGUUCUUCUCCUCCCUUUUUCCUCCCCUUUUCCCCCUACUUCCCCCCUUCUUCCCCUGUUCUUCCCCCGUUCUUCCCCCUUUCUUCCCCUCUUCCUCCCUCCAUAAUCCCAGCCCCCCCAGCGGAUUGUUUUAGGUGCCUCAAAGCGAGCCGUUUUUCUGCAAUAAACCUUCUUCUGCCCUUCUCCUUCCCUUCUUUACCCCUUCCUGCCCCCCUUCCUGCCCCCCUUCUUGCCCCCUUCUUGCCCCCCUUCUUGCCCCCUUCUUGCCCCCUUCUUGCCCCCUUCUUGCCCCCUUCUUGCCCCCUUCUUCCCCAUGUUCCCAGCCCCCGCAGCCGAAAAUUCGUCCUGGGUCGGGCAGGAGUUGCGGGCAGCUGA